GGCGGGCGGCCUCCUCCCCGCGGCGCCCGGCCCUCGGGAGCCCGGGGGCGGCCUGGGGCGCGCCGAGCCCGCGCGCCUCGCCUCUCCGGACCGUGAGGGGAAUCAUGCGCCGGGCUCGGGACGCCUGCAGCCCGUAGUCUGGGUCCUGCUCGGGUCCUGUCUUUUUCCUUCUUUUUCCUUUCCCCUCCGGUCUCCUUUUUGCUCCCCCGUAUGCCCGCCCAGCCCUGCCCCCGCCGCUGAGGACAGGGGGAGGGUCUCGGCCUGCAGGCUCCCGCCCCGCCGGGGCCCGGGCGAGCAUGGGCGGCAAGCAGAGCACAGCGGCCCGCUCGCGCGGCCCCUUCCCGGGGGUCUCCACCGACGACAGCGCCGUGCCCCCGCCGGGAGGGGCGCCCCACUUCGGGCACUACCGGGCGGGCGGCGGGGCCAUGGGGCUCCGCAGCCGCUCGGUCAGCUCCGUGGCGGGCAUGGGCAUGGACCCCAGCACGGCCAGCGGGGUGCCCUUUGGCCUCUACACCCCCGCCUCCCGGGGGGCCGGCGAUGCCGAGAGGGCGCCCGGCAGCGGAGGGUCGACGUCCGACUCCACCUAUGCCCACGGCAAUGGUUACCAGGAGACGGGUGGCGGUCACCAUAGAGACGGGAUGCUGUACCUGGGCUCCCGAGCCUCGCUAGCGGAUGCUCUACCUCUGCACAUCGCACCCCGGUGGUUCAGCUCGCACAGUGGUUUCAAGUGCCCCAUUUGCUCCAAGUCCGUGGCUUCUGAUGAGAUGGAAAUGCACUUUAUAAUGUGUCUGAGCAAACCUCGUCUCUCCUACAACGAUGACGUGCUGACUAAAGACGCGGGUGAGUGUGUGAUCUGCCUGGAGGAGCUGCUUCAGGGGGACACGAUAGCCAGGCUGCCCUGCCUGUGCAUUUAUCACAAAAGUUGCAUAGACUCGUGGUUUGAAGUGAACAGAUCUUGUCCAGAACACCCUGCGGACUGACCCUGCUGGGCUCGCUUGCUGACUCCUCUCAAUGGUUUGUUUCAUUUAUCCCAAGUAAACCCCCAGAACAGCUGACGAUGUCAAACUAUUCAGGGACACUUGCUCUUUUUACCUUCUCCUCAAAAACUGAGGACGUGGGGUGAAGAAAACGCGAGGGGAAGAAAGAGGCAGAGGGCAUGGAGCCUGGCACCGGCUGCAAGUCCCGAUUCCCAGCAUGACGUCCGGUUCAGGGGGCGCCCCAGCCUGGCCUCCGCAGGACACACACGGCCGGCCUCGGGCCCACCAAGCGCGACUGACAUCUUCCGGUCCCCACAGGGACAGCCAGGGCCCCGUUCCUGAGAGGAGGCUUCAGACACUGGGGCAGAGCUGAGCUGGGGACAGCAGUGGGAACAGGGCGCCCUCCUGCACUGACUUCCAGAGAAUGGUCCCCCUUUCUCCCCGAGGACACCAGAUUGGAUGAGAGCCAGUUUGAGAGAAGAAAGAAUCACCCACUAUCCUUCCCCUCAUCCUCAUCCCAGGAGGGAAAGGGCAUUUUCUUUUUCACUUUUGAAAGGCAUUGUGGGUCUGUCUCUAAAGUGUUUACAAAAAAAAAAAUUAUAAAAAAAGCAAAAAGUCUAGUGUCGACUGGUGUUUUCCCUCGUGAUGUUUACAGAUCGUUGUCUGCUGCCCGGCCAGAACCCACUCAGUGACAAAUGAACAGAGCCGGGUUCUUGCCACUCAAGUCCCAAGGGCGCGGAGCGAGCUCACAGCCCUCCUGUGCCCGGCAUCCAGCAGCCUCUCCAUCAACCACUCUGCCUUGGUUUUUUUGUUAGUUCGAUCCCCCCCGCCCAUUUUUCUGGCUUGAUUUUGCACUUUUCUCCCCUGGGGACCCCAAUAUCUUGACUUCAUUGCCAAAAACGAGUCCAUCAGGACCUUCUCUCCCUUCUUCCCAUUUCUCCUUCCUACUUCCCUCCUGGUUCUGGUCAGUUCAGAGGAUUUAACAAUCACAAGUGUCCUGCAAAAAUGCCUGAACGUUUUUCCUAGACCCCUGUGUGUUUUCUUUUUUCCAGAAAACUUAGACAAACAAAAGACUAAAAGGGUAUGUGCAGCUGCCCCUGUGCUCAGGCAUUCUGUCUGAGAACAUUUUAGCUGUUGAUGUUCACGUGUGACAUCAGUUCCGGCAAGAUAGGUUUCUGUAUUUAUAUAUUAAAAUCCAAAACAAAAAAAAACCUUAUAAAAUGUUUAAAAAAAUGUUCAAAGCUGGGGGAAAAGGCUUUCUUCAAUAGUCAAGGUGUUUUGAUAUGGUAUUAAAAUAAUGUCUAAUAAAAGA